GAACUGGGGAAAGGAAAAGAGAAACUCUCUUCAUUCCUCCACAAGUGUUCAGAUCAUGCAGGCUGCAAUGGCUUCAGAUCCCGGCCUCUCCAGAUCCAAGCAGCAGGUCAUCAGGAUCACCUACCUGCUCUCAGCCCUGGACAUCUCCUGCCUGUUCAUGCAAUUCGCAGUCACGCCGUAUCUGGCGAAGAACCUGGGCUUGGACACUGUUGGUUUCGGCUAUCUACAGACAUUUUUUGGAAUCCUCCAGCUCGUGGGAGGUCCAAUUUUUGGCAGGUUUUCGGAUCAAUAUGGCGCCCGUGCGGCUCUCACGCUCUCCUUCCUGUCUUCAUCCGUCUAUUACCUGAUCCUGGCAUUCACCACCAGCAUACCCUUCCUGUUUCUGUCUCGCCUGCCCUCCGUUUUCAUGCACGGCCUGCCAGGAGCUCAGAUGAUCAUCACUGACCUGACGACGGCCGAGGAACGCGCUGGCGCGCUGGGAAAACUCGGACUCUGCUUUGGUGUAGGGAUUAUCAUUGGAUCCUCGCUGGGAGGAUACAUAGCCACCACAUUCGGACUGUAUACGCCCUCCUUCAUCGCCCUGGCUGCCAGUCUCGUUUGCAGCGUCAUCGUCUUAAUUUACAUACCGGUACAAACCAAGAAAUCGCAAGGCAAGGCCGCCGCUGAACAAAGUAAACCCAAGUCUACCAGCGUCUUCAGCCUCGGAGAACUGCUCAGGCUCAUGAACUAUCCUGGGGUCAUGCCGGUGUUCAUCGUGAAGGUGGUCUCUGCUUUCCCGAUUGGUGUCUUCAUGCUCAUGUUUCCUAUCAUCUCCGUUGACUUCUUUGGUCUUAAUGCGGCGACGGCUGGAUAUUUAAUGUCCUAUUUUGGCAUCAUGCAGCUGGUUGUCCAGGGAUUUAUGGUUGGACGGUUAACAAGCUGGUUUUCUGAUGACACUCUACUGAUCCUAAGCAUGGCGGUUUCUAUGGGGGUCGGACUGGGUCUGGUGGUGAUGACGAGCGUCCUCCAUUUCUGCAUUAUCGCCCUUCCAAUGAUUUUCUUCCUCUGUGUCUCGGGAAUCAUCACUGACAGCAUCCUAACCAAAGCCGUCCCCCCUUCUGAGACCGGUGCCAUGCUGGGGAUCUGCGCCUCCAUCCAGCCUCUCACGCGCACCAUCGGCCCCACCAUUGGAGGAUAUCUGUACAAGCAUUAUGGAGUCCCGGCGUUUGGCCUCUUUAACGUUGUAGUUAGUCUGUUAUUAUUAAUGUACCUUGUCAACAACCGAAACAGUCGUAAAGUGGAAAAAACAACAUAAUAUAGGAAACCUCUGUGAACGUUUUGGGACUCUGUUUUUUUAGGGUCGGCUCCACUCAAGACUGGCGUUUCUGUUCUGUACACAUGCGGGUGUGUUCUAUCACACACUGGCCUCCGAAGUCUCCCUGGACUCCAUUGAUUGGAUAUCCUUACCAGACUUUUGCACCCCUAAUGGAUUCUCCAUAAUGUAAAAAAAGAAUCGACGGGGCAAGCUGCUAAAAAGUGCCACCAUUGUUAUUGAAUUGGAGGGGGGAGCAGUGAUACAACUGUGAUUAAAGCCCAAUUGUGGGCGCCUUAAUUUCCCUUAAUUUAGAAUUAUUAUAUUAUUAUUAUUAUUAUUAUUAUGUAUUUAAUUCUGCAGUAAAACAGUUACCAUGAGUUUCAUGAAA